GGAUUAAGAUACUGCAAAACUGGUUUAUUGCAAGCCGAAAAUUAAUAUAUUUUUUUGUGUGCGAUUACUAAUUGGUUCCCAUCGUACAGAUAGCUCAAAGCUGCGAAUGAACGACUCGAGCAUUGCGUUCCGAAACAUUCACCGAAAGGUUAUCAGCGUCGCGAGUUCCACAAUUAAAACUACUUUAAAAAGCAAUCGCAUUAAAUUUGAAACUUUUUCUAAACAAAAUGUAUGUAGAUGGGAUGAGUUGAUAUCAAAAAAGGAGUGAAACUACCAAGAUGCAAACGACAAGCAGCUCCCAGCACAGCUCCGAUCAGUAUAGCAGCGACAUCAAUGCCAUUAGCUUGGAGCUUCCUGAACACUCGGAGGACUUCCAGUCGGUCAAUGGUUUGAAGUACUUGCCAUCCUGGCCAGCGGUUAACUUGCAGUUUACGGAACUGAGCUAUGAAGUGCCGGAUCAGGUGCAGGCUUCUCAGAAAAAAGCCAUACUAAGGGGAGUCAAUGGGGAGUUCCACUCUCAUGAGCUCACCGCAAUUAUGGGACCCUCGGGGGCUGGUAAGACAACGUUGCUAAACCUGCUGGCGGGAUUUGGCGCCACCAGCACCUCUGGAGAGGUUUUGGUCAACCAGAAUCCCAGGGAUAUGAGAGUCUUUCGUAAAAUGUCUCGAUACAUAAUGCAGACUGAUGUCCUGGAUCCUCAGUUUACGGUGCACGAAAUGAUGCUACUGGCCGCCCACCUCAAGUUGGGUAAUGAACUUAAUCUAAGGCAAAAGCUGGAAGUGAUUGAUGAAAUCCUGGUCAUGCUGCGCCUUAAGACAUCCGAAAACACCAUGACACCCAAACUGUCCGGAGGGGAGCGUAAGCGUCUGUGCAUUGCCCUCGAGCUGGUCAACAACCCGCCUGUCAUCUUUCUAGAUGAACCCACAACAGGCCUAGAUGACCUAUCCAGCUCUCAGUGCAUUGGUCUCUUGAAAUCCAUAGCCGCGGGCGGACGCACUGUGAUCUGUUCCCUCCACACUCCCUCCGCCAAGAUCUUUGAGAUGCUGGACGUUGUAUAUGUUCUGGCAGAGGGUCAGUGCAUCUACCAGGGCAGUGGAGCCAACAUUGUGCCCUAUAUGGAGCACCUGGGUCUGAGCUGUCCCAUUACGUACAAUCCGGCAGACUUUAUCAUCGAAGUGGCUUGCCUGGAGUAUGGCAGCUCGUAUCACAAGCCCAUGGUUGAGGCCGUGGGUAAUGGCAAGGUGACUCGUUGGUCUCCACCAGCGGCAGAGGAUGGCAAGGUGACACCCACCAAAACGGAUACCACUUCGGGAGCAUCCUCUUUCUACGAAAUGGAUCAGUUUGAGGAGGAGAUCAGUCCUAAGCUGCUGCAGGCCAAGUGCAGCUGGUGGAUGCAGUAUAAACUAUUGCUGAGUCGGAUGCUUCUGCAGAUGUGGAGGGACAAGUCCUACAUCAAGCUGAAGUUUUACAUGAACAUAGUGCUGGCCUUGCUUGUGGGUUCACUGUACUUCGGCAUGGGCACCUCGGCCUCCAAGGCUCUGUUCAAUUUCGGAUUUAUGUUCACCAUUGUGAUAGCUUACCUGUACCUGCCCAUGAUGCCAGUGCUUCUGUACUUUCCCACGGAAAUCAAUCUCUUGAAGAGGGAGUACAACAACCAGUGGUAUCGCCUGAGCUCCUACUACGCCGCCAUGGUCUGCUCCAAGCUGCCCUCCAUGUUCGUCCUAGCCGUUAUCUAUCUCUCCAUUGUGUACUUAAUGUCCAGCCAGCCGCUGGAGCUGUUCCGCUUCGCCCUGCUGUUCAUGAUUGCCUUUGUAACGGCCCUGACAUCCGAUAGUUUUGGCCUUUUGAUCUCCAGUAGACUGAGCCUGGUGAAUGCCAUGUUCAUGGGCCCAGUGCUGGCAGUGCCCUUGAUCCUGCUCUCCAUCCACGGCAUUGGCUACGGAAGGGGUAGCUAUGUGUCGCCCCUAAUGAGGUACAUAAUGCAUCUCAGCUACCUUCGGCAUGGCAUGGAGGGUCUUGUGGCCGCCCUCUAUGACUACGGACGGGCCGAUACGAUUUGCGAGGAUACGGAGAUCUUUUGCACCUUCAAGAAGUCCAAGGUCUUGCUGGCCUUCCUGGGCUUCGAGGACAUGCACUACGUGUGGUCACUCUCCUGUCUGAUUGGCUUCUAUCUGCUGUUCACCAUCGCGGCGUAUAUAAUGAUACGACAGCGGCUGAAAAAGUCGGGGGCCAACCCCAUUGUGGCCUAUGUUCUACAGCUAUUAACAAAAUACUUUAACUUUACAUCAUAUAAUUAUUAGGAUCGGGAGGGGAGAGUUGGGUUCCGGUGGGGGGAACUUGUGUAGGUAGUUAAUUCUAAGCGGGUUCUGUCUAAAUCACCGAUUAAGCCAUAUAGUGUCAGUUUUGGAACACAUUUUAGAUUUAAGACCAUUUGAUUGACUCAAAUACUUGCGAGUGAUAUAUGUAUAUAAAAAUAUUUUUUUUAAAGAUCGGGAAGGUGUUAUUCUUAUUUGAAGAUUAAAAAAAUAAAUUUCAUCACUUGGUUUUAACACAGGUUUCAAGAAACAAAAUAAUAGUUUAAGACAAAACCAUUCCUAAAUCAUUCAGCCAUUAUAAUUCUUACAAAUAAAACCUUAAGCCCUUAAAGUAGACUAUCUUUUUUAUUUUGAAGCCAUAUUUACCUUUUAUUUUAAAUAUUAAUAAUCAGUUUCAAAGGCCUAUUGCAUAGUGACAAAUGUGAAAAUAGUUUACAGUUUUCAAAAAAAUGAUGUGGCAAAUUUGGCAGAUAAUCAGAAAACCUUAAACUUCCAUUUUUUUACGAAAAACUAAGGAAUGUUACUCUGCAUACUGAAUACGAGCAACAUCAAUGGGUGUUGCUGAAAAUGUUCCUGGCAACAUUUUCUCAGCAACAUUUCCUGUGUAUUUCGCCGCUCUAAAAUACAAUUCAUACGAAUCAUUCAGAGAAUUGAUAUUAUUUUUUAUACAAAAUUUAAAGUCGAUAUAAUAU